AAAUCCUAUCAAUCAAAUUAAAACCGUAACCCUAAUUGUCUUCCUCAGCUGAUACUGGAAUUCCAUCUGAACAAAGCUAGGGUUUUGGAAUGUCGGAAAGAGAAAGCGAUAGCGAUUCCGAUGCACCGGAGGAGUUUACUCUACAACAGGCUAUGCAGCAAGACGAAGAGAUAACAAAGAUUCAAAUAGAAAAUAAGGCCAGGGUAGUUCGGGAGGGGAAAGAUCGGCGCCGUAAAUGGGCUCAAAAAUUGACUCCACGGUCAGUACCCAAAGAGCAAAGUGUGGAUAAGAAUAUAGAAACAGAAACACAUGAAGAGUCUCAGAGCACCGAUGGAAUGCUUCCUGAUGAAAUUGUCAAGUUUCUUGAAGCUCGUGAGAAGAAAAUUUUUACCUCAGACUCGGAGGACGAGAAAGUCGAGGAUAAGAAGCCCACCAAAAGAAAAAGAAAAUCGCAAAAAAAUGGGUUGGAGCCCGUAAUUUUGAAGGAUAUACCAGCUGCACACUGCGUACAAAAUUCACUUGAAUUUUUGAAGAAUCGAAGGAUUCGGGUUCCAAGAUCUUCAGCAGUUUUGAACAAUCCAAAACAAGCACUUCGACUCUUAUCAAGUUCGGGCUUGCUCAAGUAAGACUGGUGGUGGAACCUGUAGUUGGAGUUCCUGUAAUUGAUUUAUAACCGCCUAUUUUAUUUAUAUGAUAUUUAAUUUUUGUGAUGGUCGGCGCUUAUUGUUUGGAUGCAGCUUUUGCUAGUUACACAUUAGGUAACUUUUACUGAUUCAUUUUGCACGACAUACCUUACUUUGAUUCAUGUUAUUGUCACACUUUUUUUACCAACUA